AUGAUUUUAUUUUUGUUUGUUCAACUAAAUGGUCAAAGACUUGAAAUCAAACGAAAUUCUAUUGAUAGUAGUAUUGAUUUGUCAGAAUCACUUUAUGUUCCAUUGAAGAAAGUAAAUGUUAAUGUAACAAUUGAUUCAUUCGCAGCUGAUGUGACUAUUACUCAAAUAUUUUAUAAUAAUGAAAACAUCCCAAUUGAAGCUGUUUAUUAUUUUCCUAUCGAACAACAAGCAGCAAUUUAUUCAUUUGUAGCACGUAUUAAUGAUCGAGAAAUUUUUGCUGAAUUAAAAGAGAAAAAUGAAGCACAAAAAGAAUAUAUUGUUGCACUACAAAAUAACCAUGGAGCUUAUCUAUUAGAACAAGAUGAAAAAUCUUCAGAUAGUUUUAUUAUUAAUAUUGGUGCAUUGCCACCAAUGACUGAAUGUAUAAUUACUAUAUCGUAUGUUACUGAAUUAGAUUUUAUAGAUGGAAGUAUUCUUCGUUUCGUGGUUCCUACUACCAUUGCACCUCGAUACAAUUCUCAACUGACUGGAUCGUCAUCAUUUACAGGUCCUACUACUCAAUACGUACAGAACAGUCCAUAUACAAUUGAUUUUCGUUGUAAUAUUAAAAAAAUAACUGAUUCGAAAGGACAAUUAUUAAUACGUAAAGUGAGUUCAUCAUCUCAUCCAAUUGAAAUAGAUGUUCAUCGAAGUGAUAUUUAUAUUGUAACAUUUGCUCGAGAAAAUACUCAUUUAGAUCGAGAUAUUCUAAUCAAUACUGAACUAAUUAAAAAACAAACCAAUACUAUUUUAACUGUGGAUUCUAAUGCUAUAAUGGUUACUUUUCUUCCUACGGAAGAUGAUUGUCGACAAGGAGGAAAUGAUAAUCAAACAAAUGAAUUUAUUUUUCUGGUAGAUUGUAGUGGAUCAAUGAGUUCAGAGGACAAAAUUGGUUUGACUAAGAAAGCUAUUAUACUUUUCCUUAAAAGUCUUUCACCAUAUUCUUACUUUAAUAUCAUUCGAUUUGGUUCAACUUAUUCGCUAUUAUUUCCAGAAGUUACUGUUAUCUCUAAUCAAUUAAAUCUUCAAAAAGCGGAAAAAAUUGUUAAUCAAAUGGAAGCUGAUUUAGGUGGAACUGAAUUAUUUACACCAUUACAAUGGUUGAAAGAUCAUCCUCCAAUUAAAGGACGUUCACGUCAAAUCUUUCUUCUAACUGACGGUGAGAUUAGUGAUGUUUCCCAUGUGUUGGAUUUGUGUCGAUCAAUGUCUUUAUCUACUCGAAUUUUUUCCUUUGGUUUGGGAAUGUCACCUAGUCGGGCUUUAAUUAAAGGUCUUGCUCGAGCAACAAAUGGUCGAUUCGUUUUUAUUCCACCUCACGAACGAGUAGACAUCUAUGUACAAGAACAAUUAUACAGAGCUUUACAGCCGAGUAUUACUGGUAUUCGAGCUAAAUGGAAUUUAGGUGAGAACAAUGUCUCUACAGCACCUACUCGACUGCCUCCGGUUUAUGCUAAUGAUCGUUUAACUAUCUAUGGUCUCACAAAUAACACGAUUAUCUUACCUUUAGAUGAUAAUUUUUCUGUAAGAUUUUAUAUGGAUGAAAAUGAUUAUCAAUUAGGUGAAGCUCAUUUUGAUCGAAUUUCGCUCGUAGAAAAUAGUGGAACAAUUUCUCGUCUCGCUGCUAAAGCACUUAUUCUUGAAUUAGAACAUGUUAAAGAGCUGAAUACAGGUUCAUUACAAUCGCGUUUUCGAGAUCAAACAUAUUUAAAUGAAGAAACGAGAAAAAAAACGUAUUAUUGA